UUGAAUCUUGGUUUUAAACGCUGUGAGGGCAAAUUAUGUUUAAUAUUGUAAUGAAGUCGUAGAGUGCCGAUUUUAUUUAUAUAAUAGUUUAUAAAAGCUGAUAAGAAUGCUUAUUAAAGGCGUAGAUGAUAUAUUACAUUUUGGUGUGUUGCUUUCAAUCAUUAUACGUUGGGCGGUUUCUCGGUUUCCUUAUUCUGGUGCUGGAAAGCCUCCAAUGUAUGGUGAUUAUGAAGCUCAGCGGCAUUGGAUGGAAAUAACUGUUAAUCUUCCUGUUAAUGAAUGGUACAAAAAUUCCACCAAGAAUGAUCUUCUAUACUGGGGCUUGGAUUAUCCUCCACUUACCGCAUAUCAUAUUAUGAUAUGUGGGUACCUUGCAAAAUGGUUAAAUCCAGACUGGGUUGCUUUGUACACUUCAAGAGGAUAUGAGAGUUAUCAUCAUAAAAUAUUCAUGCGAUCAACUGUUUUAGCUGCAGAUUUGCUGUUCUAUGUCCCUGUUAUCCUAUACUGGACUUUUAUUCGAAGACCUUUCAAACUGAGGGAUAAGGCUAUAGCAGCUUGUUUGUGUUUGCUGUAUCCAGGAUUGAUUCUUAUUGAUCAUGGGCAUUUUCAAUAUAACUCUGUGAGCCUUGGUCUCACUAUGUGGGCUAUAGUAUUUCUUUUAAAGGAAUAUGAUUGCCUAGGUGCUAUAUUUUUCACUUUUGCUCUUCAUUACAAGCAGAUGUCAUUAUAUUAUGCUCUGCCAUUUUUUUGUUAUCUUAUGGGAUCAUGUUUAGAACUUCCAUGGAAGGAAAGAAUAGUAAAGUUCUUAAACCUUGCAUUUACGGUGCUGGUUACGAGUGCCAUUUGUUGGAUGCCAUUUUUGUCAAGGUCUGAAGAUUUCCUUCAAGUUGUCCAUCGAUUAUUUCCACUUUCUAGAGGUUUGUAUGAAGAUAAAGUUGCUAAUGUGUGGUAUGCAUUAUCUGUUUUCAUAAAGAUGAAAAAUAUAUUUACCACUUCACAACUUGCCAUUUUAAGUGCCAUCUGUACUCUUUUAUCAGUUCUACCAUCUGCAGCCAAUCUGUUACUCUAUCCAAGCAUUCAUAAAUUCAGAUACGCUUUAGUAAAUAGCUCUCUCGCAUUCUUCUUGCUUUCAUAUCAAGUCCAUGAAAAAAGCAUAUUAUUUCCUGCUUUAGCUAUUCUGUUACUGUUUGAAGAUCAUCCUUUAGCUUGUACUUGGUUUGCUUGCAUUUCAACUUUUAGUUUGGUUCCACUUCUAGCGAAAGAUGGACUAAUUGUCCCUUUUUUUGCUUUGACUGUUUUAUUUCUCAUUGGGGCCCUAAGGUCUUACGAAGAUCUAUUGAUUUCAUUUAAAAAUCAGAAGUCAACAAUAGCUAGUCUUGCGUUUUGCUGUUCCAUCCUGGGAAGCAUCAUUCUCACUGUAUGUAUGUUCACAGUGAAGCAACCCCGUAGGUACCCACAUCUACACGUGCUUCUAAACUGCAUGUAUUCUGUCAUUCACUUUAUUGGGUUUGCCAUCUAUUUCAAUUAUGUCCAAUUUUCAGAAAUGCCGUUGUCACUUUAUUUUAAAAAGAAAUAUGAAUGAAAUAAUGAAUAAUGUAAUUUAUAUUGUAUUUUUGUAAAUGUUCCUGAAAUGAUAAUAAACUAAACUGACUUGCAUUUUUAUUAUUAUUAUAAUUAUUAUUCAGUAGAAUUGUGUAACUUAUAUUGGUUUUCAAGCUGUGUUACCUGGGAUUUUAAAAUUCCAUGCAACUUCCCUAGGGAUUCUGCAAAUCAAAAUUGGAAGGAAUUUUUUAAUAUUGUCUAGACUUCAUUUAAAAUAAUUGAUUAAAUAAUAUUUUUUAUUCUUUUGUUAUUUGAAUAGCAGCAUGAAAAUUCUUAGAUACUAGUGGGCAAGCCCGCCUGCCAGAUGGGCAGCCUGCAGCCAAAGCAAUUUGUUUUAUUAAUAACUUUGGAGUAUCAUUUUAGGAACAUGUUUUUUUAUUUUGUUAAUUUCAGUUUUAGUGUGAUAAUUUUUUUUUGGGGGGGUGCAAGAUGGUUAUGUUAAAAGUUAUAUAAAUUUAUAUUUUUUUUACUUAGUCUUUUGUAUUGGUACACAAGUCAAGCUACAUAUUUUGUAUCAAACAGGACUAUUAAGGUGCUUCUUUUCGACUUUUUAUGUUUUUAUGUAUUUGUAAAUAUUCUUGUGGGCUACCAUUUCAAUGAUAUCUCUCUGAAUGAUCACUUCAAAUAUCAAGAAGAAAUUAGCAAUUUAUUAUAAAAAAUAAUUACAAAGUAAAUGACUUAAAUCUUAAUAUUUAAAUUAUAAAGAAAAGCAUUUAUUUUUUUAAAAAUUGUUUAAUUUCUUUAAUUACUAAUUGAUUGAUUAAAUUUAGAAGAUAAAUUAAUGGCCAUUUGUUUUGUACAGUGGCAACAUUGCUUUUAAAUCAUGCAAUUUUUAUCAGUUUGUUAAUCACAUUAAAUCUGAAAUGUAAGUUCUUUGCUGAAUGAUAAAACUCCAAGGACAUGUAGAAGACAAUGUUUCGUUUCAUGCUAUGUGCGAAAUAAAUGUUGCUUUUAGAUUCUUUCUGUUUUUAGACAUCUUCAGCAGAAUGCAGAUAUAAAAAAUUGUUCAUUAGUAUGAGAGAAAUGUUGGCAAUUGCGAGAAUCAAUUGCAAAGUAAAUUCACAAUUCAGCUAAAUCUCACAGCUGAAUCACAACUAAAACAGCAAUAAUUUAUCCAACAUUUGGAAUGCUGCUUUCUCUAAGAACAAAAUCAACAAUUUCAUAUACAGGCAUCUAUAAAAAAUAUGUGGCCACAAAUACAAAACAAAUAACUAAUACAACAAUUGCAACAAAAUUAAUUUGAAUAUUUACAGAUAUAUACCACAAUAUUUUAUUUACUGUGUUCAAACAUUAUUCUUUUUUAUGUUUUUCUAUUUGUAAAAUACAUUUACUUUUGAAGAAUCAUGAUAUUAUUUUAAUUAUGAGCAAAGUCUUUAUUAAUUCAUAUCUAUUUUUAAAUGUGAAAUAUAUUUCAAAUGAGAUUAUCAUGUUGUCAUGAUUAGUGCUUUUAAACUUUUAAAGUACUUUAAAUGCAAUAAGGCAUAAUAUAUAUUUAUAGGCAUAAUUGCUUAGAAUGAAAACUGUUUAAAGAGAAAUGUUUAAAUAUAUUGUAAAACCAUCAAAUUACUUGACUGUACUUAAAGCCUUUUUCUGUGGAAAGAGGCGCUUUUGAAAUAAAACAAAUGAAAAUUAA